CAACUUCUUUCGAAUUGCUGAAAUUCGUCAAUUCACAAACACUCGGGAAAAUCACCAGAUAGGUAGUGAAGAUUGGCUGACAACAACAAUAGUACUUCAGGAAGUAGAAGAAGGAAGAUCGAGCUAAAUCUAAAGCCGAAAUGGCAGGUAGAUUGAGCAACGUGGCUUCACGGAUCAUGGGAGGAAACGGCGUCGUUAGCCGCUCUGUCGCCUCCUCUCUUCGCCUCCGUUCCGGCAUGGGCCUCCCCGUCGGCAAACACAUCGUCCCCGAUAAACCCAUUUCCGUGAAUGAUGAGCUGACGUGGGACAAUGGGACUGCGUUUCCAGAACCUUGCAUAGAUCGAAUCGCCGAUACUGUUGGAAAGUAUGAGGCCUUGGCUUGGUUAUGUGGAGGUUUGGGAUUUUUCGCGAGUCUCGGGUUGUUAGUUGUGUGGAAUGAUAAAGCUUCUACGAUUCCAUUUGCACCGAAGGUGUAUCCAUAUGACAACCUGAAGGUGGAGCUUGGUGGAGAACCGUAGGGUUGAUCUAGGAGUGGUUGUAUUCCUUCUUGCUCUUUCUCAUGGCUGUCCUCUUUUGUUCAUCAUUUUGCCUUUGUGAAUUGUGAUGGUUAGAAAUAAUGGCUGUGGCUGAAAUUAACAUCAAACAAACAGACUUUUAAGUUUCUCAAAGCUGGUUCUCAAACAAGAUGGUGUUCCUUUUUUCAGAUUCCUUUUUUAUGUUUCUGCCAGUAAAUUGGAUUAUUUAAAAUAAGGGUGACCAUCUCAGCUCUAAGCAUGUGGUUUGCGGUUUUUGUAA